AUGUGGCAAGUGGGCCAGCCACCAUUGCUAUCUUUGUGCAAACUGCUACUGCAAGGACCACGUUAUAAAGGAGAAAUGAUUAAAGUUCGCGAUAUGGAUAGGGAAAACUAUGAGUUUAUGAUGAGAUUACUAAACACUCCUGAAUUUGCGAAUUCGGUCGUGAGGGAGGAGCUUAUGACGGCUAAUGCAAUGAGAGUUUUGUGGGUAUGUCAUGGACACUUUGUGAGGAAUGAUGGAGGGGAAGAGGAAAUUAAACCGGAGAGAAAUGAAGAGAAGAUGGACUUGGAUCCCUCUCUCCCUCAUGAGGGUGUUUCAACAGAAGUGGCAGUCGAUCCUGUUUUGCUUAUCCCAGAGUCUUUGCUUCAGUGGUAG